AUGGUUUCAGGUUUGCCGUCUGGGCUGCUUGAGGUAAGAAGGGGGUGACUUCAGGCUUCAGGGGAAGAUAUCGAAAUAUUUUUUUUUUAAAAACACGUCGGAAUAAAGGUUCAAGAAUGGGGGUUUCUUUUACAAAAUAACAGACGAAAGUAUUUAGAAUUGCUUUUCUCAUACUGUGUGCAACAGAGAACGAUAAACCAAGACAUCAAAGCUCUCCUCAUAAUGUUUGCAACUUAGCAUCAUCAUACAUAUGAAGUUUUUCAAAUUCCUCAGUUGUGUUCUUCAAUCGGAACAAGUUACUAAGGAAAUCGUAUAAAAGUGUUGUUCCCAACACCAGUAGGUGCAAAUCAAACACUGUUACCAAACCAUGAAAAAUUCCUGUAUUCUAUUGGCAAUUUUAUCAUUCGCCAACGGCAAGGUAAUAUCUGGGCGUGGCACUGGAUCCUCCGCACCUUCUAUAUGUAAUCGCGCCUGGUCUAACAGUGGUGCAGCCAAGAGCACCGAUUGUAAUGGUGCUGAAUGGAUCUUCUCGUCGUCAAGCGACAAUAGCGAUGUAGUGACUGCGGGACUCGCAGAUUCGUCCAUUACUUCUAUGGUAUACUUAUCUGUAGGCACCGUGAAUACCGACGAUCCCGCAGACCCCAGAUUAAAUGAUUAUGUUUGGCAAGAGAAUGAAGACUUGAAUGGAGACGGGGAGACCUGGGGAGACUAUUGGUUCGACCCUGAUGACUUGGUCCCCAAUAUUUUGCCCAUAAUGAAGGAUAUCAUGGACAACUACAAGGUGAGAGGUUUCAAUGCAAUCAGCACAGACAAUGCAAAGCCAUCAACUGCGGUAUCGGAUAACGAUGCAAUUGCUGCCAGGGCUCGUGAAGAACAAACAAUCGAUGAUCGCUACGUCGAUUACAUGAACGGAAUUGUAGAUUAUGCACAUUCUAUUGGCUUAAAGGUGGCUUUGAAGAAUCCAUCAUACUAUACUCAAGAGAGCACUUUGAUAAACAAGUUCGAUGCAUUUAUCGUUGAGUCUAUGUUUAAUUGGUAUCCAACCGAUGUCAACAACUACAACAGUGACCCUGAUCUACUUACGGGCUCCGCACCUUUCUGGGUCUUUCAGUAUGAGGAUGUCAACGGCGUGAGUAACUCAGAACUUCGAGAGCGUAUGGUGGAGCAGGGCGUGGAUAUGACCUAUAUGGAUACCACUGACGGCUGGGUAAAAUUCUAUGCCACAGAGUAGUGAGAGAGCACCACCACGGUUAACUAAUUGUAAUCUACGUGCAUAGGUAUAUAGUGUGGGACACAUACUUGAACGGCUACUAUGUGUCCUUGCCCUUUGAACUGAUUGGAGAAGUUCCCAUCAGAGACACAACAGACUUGGAAACAACCAUAGUAUAACAUAUGCUGAUCGUUUUACAACAAAAAACAAAAACGAAUCUUUUUAUAUAUUUCGUAUUGCAAACUGCUACCAAACCUUAUCACCACAAGGGAUAGGGUUUACAGUUUACACAUUUUUUAUUUCGUACGGCAUGCGGCUACGUACCUACGUACUACUGUAGGAUGCGGAGUUGACAGCAUUUCAGAUUUAUUUCAAUAAAACUACUUCAUACAU